UAAUGUCUUCGUUAGUUUAUAUUUCCCUAACCUCGGUUGGCUGGUGUCAGAAGGGAAGGAAAAUAAGUUUGCUUCUUGUGCAUUUUAUACAAUCAUAACGCAAACUAGCUCGAGGUGCAAAGAGAAAGUACAUCGUUUUGUUGAAGUGUGUUGCACGGGACAAAACGGUGCAGUUGAAUAACACAGGGACACAAUCUGCUCGCUUUUGGCUCGUGACAGGCGUGAAUAGGCGAAUAAUUCUUGAAAAUUCCGCGAAUCCGUACAACCCUAGCAAUGAUAAUGCCAUUGGUGGAUAUAUAAUAGCAGUGCACAUCCCGACGGCAGGUGUGGAAUUUCCGAUCGUGUUUUGCGGGGGAAGAGUGUGUAUUGGAGUGGUAGUGUUGCGUAUCUUUUGCUACGCUUUUUCCUUGCUGCGGAGGUGGAAACAACCGCGGCCGUAAGGAAUUCCCAUCGACUAGCAGACACCCGGAGGUGCUCCUUGGAGGGAAAAUCGUGCCUAGGCUGAGGAUGAGUUUCUUUACCUCGUUCCAGGAGCUGCUGGACUAUGACCAGUCGACCAAUUUGAACGGAUUCCACUUCUCCAACAGUUUAUUCGGCUUUGAUUCCAACCUGUUGCCGCCUCUGGAAAGUGCACCGCCACCACAAUCUGCGGAUCACCCAUGCGGGGUCAAUUCAAGACCAUCGGCCAAGACGCCUUCACCCAUUCCGGAUUUCGCACCAUUAUCGCAGACCCCCAAACAGUGGCAAAAUCCCCCACAAAUUCAGCAGCAUCCGCAGCAGACAUCACCCAUUCCAGUAGGUUCCAAGUUCCAGCUGAAAGUCACACCGAACAAUGAGAUCUACAUCUCGAACGAAUCCGGUACGUUCUGUGAACUGGCCGGCAGCUUCCUGCCAUCGUCGCAGACUGCGUCUCUUGAGCCCCCAGAACCGCCAGUCAAACACCGGGAACCACCGAAAACCCUGUUUCGCAUCGAGAAGGGCAUCAAACGGCCACUUUCUCCCUCAGACCAACGCAAUUCAUCGGGCAUUUACCGAUCCUCGCCAAUGCAUGUGCUCCCACUCAAACGGAAACUGGCUCCAUGUGUCACUAACAGUAGUAACAACGGCACGGAGAGCGUCGCAACGGCUAAGCUGGUUGUAUCCAAUGUUAUAAACAAUGGUUUAAUCGUGAAUAAGAAGCAUCUCUCGAAUAACGACGAACAGCCGGCGGUUCCAUUGGCGCCUACGCCGGAGCGUCGUAUAAUGAGACCAAAAAAGCGGAAGAAGAAAGUGCCGCCAAAGGUUACCCUCGAAGCGCGAGUCGAGCCACUAAAUGGGAAAAUUGUGGCGCAGGUUUCGGCGCCGGAACUGGCGAUGAAAUCUCUCACGGCAGCAGUUUGCUGCAAGAAACCAACUCAAGAUUCCACUGUUAAAAAAAUCAAUGCAAUCAACAAUCAGCUGGACAGUUCGAAACCUUUGUCGACGGUGUCAAAUGUUAGUGCCACAGAGAGUGCGCUAAAUUUCUACGGAAUCAAAGAAAAGGCGGCUCAGGAAGCGAUUUUCGUUAAUCGUGUAGAGAGCAACAAACCGUCGGAACAGUUGCCACCCCCACAAACGACGAGUCAGCUCCAAGAGGCUGAGGUACACUAUAAAUGUGUACCUGGUGGGGAGGGCAAUGCCAAUGGGGCUCGCGUUGCGCAGGAAGAAUCCGUUUCCUGUCCGCCACCGGUGGAAAUGAAGGUAGUUGCGGAUUUGGUGACAGAUAAGGAUGUUUUUGGACACAUUUCGCUGUUGAACAACUCGCAGGAUCGAUGCAAGACGGUGAUAUACCAGAACCCCGUCACCAGUACAAACGUACUCUACAGCAUAGUGAAUCCGAAAACUCUGAAUCUAACUCUUGGAGGGGUCGGUCGUGGCACAACGGCUACUCUGACGUUGCAACCCCAUCGGGGAGUCCGAAGGCCUAAAAAACGCGGACGAAAGAAAAAGGUUAUAGCGGAAAAUCCCGCUCUAAUUGAUGGUACCAACCCAAUAACCCCACCGGGGGUCAACCCAACCACUGACGCCACGAAACCAGUCGAUCCGGAUGUUCCAGUUAUGGUUACACGCUCGGGUCGACUGUCGAAGCCACCGCGCUACGCCAACAACUACUUCCAGAACAUGCAGAAACAGAAGACAGAGCAUUCUCCCCCGCCGCUUCCACCUCCGCCUCCUCCACCGGUGCCCAGGGUAGAGCUUCCCGCACCGGAUCCGGAGACUGCCGAAAAACUGCCAAAUUUCUCCGCCGCACUGAGUUCCACCGUAAACCCCGCCACAGUCCCACCGGAAGUCGAAACCAAGCGAAAGAUGAAAGUUCCUCUGCAGUAUCGCUGUGCCACGUGCAGCAAAAUAUAUCUGGGGAAACGCAUGCAGAGGCACCUGCAGAAGUAUCCGAGUCACAAUUCGGAACGAGACUGCAUCGGUGCAAACCAGGAGAAGAAGGGACAAGAGGAAAAAUCGGUCUAUCUGUACAAACAUCUGUUCGAUCUGCUUCAGAAAGUUACCGAGAAGGACAAGGGUCGCAUAAUGUUGAAAGAGAUCAGUAACUUUGUGGAUUUCGUACGGGCGUUGAUUCCGAGACUGAUAACAAACGACGAAACCAACAGCACGGUGGAAUAUAUUGACCACAAUGUGGCCGAUGUGCUUCGGCUAAACCAUGGCAAGUAUCGACUCAAGCUGUCCUCCCUGGCGGAAGAGUACGAAAAGCUAAACCUAACGGUGAAUCAACUGAGCAACAGUUCCAGCAGUGUUGUCACACACAAUGGAACGACAGCUGCCCCUGUCAUUAACAUCUCAAAUGGAACCACGGAGCGGCAACCGUUCAGCUUCAAUACUGAUGAUCUGUUGAAUCAGUCCAGUUCUUUCCCUAGUCUGACCACGCUGGUGAACGAACAUAAUCUGCUCGUACAUCCCAAUACCAUCAACGCAGCCACCACCACCACAACUACCAGCAAUAAUAACAACAACACCAAUAACAACAAUAGCAACAUCAACAAUAACAACAUCAACAAUAACAACAUUUUGAGCACCAGUCAUCAUUAUAACAGUCAUCACCUUCAGCAGCACUACAACAAUCACUUCAGCCAUAACAACCAUCUCCCACUGAUUGGUUCCAGCUGUCACGAUGAUGCGAUGAACAGCCUGUCCGGCUUGUGCAAAUCACCGGUGCAGCAUUCCGCUUCCGGAAUGGUGAAUAUGGCGCUGAAUCUGUACUAGCCAAAAAGGUGCAAAUGAAUAUGUGGCUGCUGCAUUCGAACAAUGCAACAACAAAAUACGAAAUUUAGUUCAAACAGAGACAAACGAAAAACAAAACAAAAACAAAACAAAAAUCGUGUGUACAUUUCCGAGAAACAAUAAUACAAAGCAAAGUGGUUUUAAAUCAAAUCUAAUCAGGAUACAAAGAAGGAUAAUAAAAUAAUUGGAUGAUAGUAUUA